AUGGGGUCUGAAGCGUGCAGCUCUACUGUUCAAGUGCCAUUCACGGCUGUCACUCGCGUCUGGAAGCAAGAGCGCUCCCGCAACGCAGCAACAGCGGACUUGCCGACGUUGCGCAAACAGAAAGGCACGUCGAGCUACAUCAAGCCGCUCCUCGCUGACGACAACAAGCAAGCGCGACUUGGGUUUGCGAUGAGCUUUCUUCGACCUUCGUCAAGAGGAGGCCACGCUUUCACCAAUAUGCACGACGUUGACGAAGCCAUGACGCAACGGGCAGCGAAGUCCAAGAUCUAUAUUACAAUGGUGAUCUUUUUGGCUUCGGUUGGCCGACCGCACUACGAUCAUACGAAGAAAAUGCUUUUAGACGGCAAAAUUGGUAUUUGGCCGUUCGUCGAGGACCUUCCAGCCCACCGAUCUAGCAAGAGCCGCCCCAAGGGAACGCUACUUCAAGUCUCCCAGAACGUCAACGGUGAUGUUUACGAAGCGAUGGUAACCGGCAAGGAUACAUCUGCGUAUGACCACGGCUACGACACGAUCUGA